GGUCAAAGAAGAGAGAGAUUUGUAUAAUGUUUGCACCUGUGUGCAUGGAUUUAUUUGGAUAGAAUAACAACUAUUUAUUUUUGGAAAUUAGUGAAGGUAGAUGAGUGUGACAUUUAUGCUCUAAUGCAUCAGUUAACAGGUGACAGGUUAAGGAGACAAUUUACUAGCAUUUUUCUCGCCUUCAUAUUGUUUCAAAUCCGUGUGACUUUGUUUAUUAACUUAUUCUGUGAAUCACAUCAUCACAAGAGAAAAUAUUAUGGGCAAUGGGCGACCUUUGCAAGAUCCUGGUUCCUAAUAGACGCUAGGAUGCAGCCUCCAGGAAAGAUCGCCUCUAUGUGCUCAGUGCGGCUUCAAGGGAAACAUAAACCCAUUUACCAUCCACUGAGUGAUAUUGGAGAUCAUGUGGUGGUCAUGAACACCAGACACAUCGCCUUCUCUGGAAAUAAAUGGGAACAGAAAGUGUAUUCGUCUCACACUGGUUACCCUGGAUCAUUUAAACAGCUCACCGCAGCCCAAAUGCACAAAAAAGACCCAACAGCUAUCAUUAAACUUGCUGUUUACGGGAUGCUUCCCAAAAACCUCACCAGAAGGACCAUGAUGCAACGGCUUCACCUCUUUCCAGAUGAUGUCCUUCCUGAGGAUAUUCUGAAGAACCUGACAGAGGAACUUCCUCAACCUAGAGAGAUUUCUCGCAAGCUCAGCGAGUACACGCAGGAGGAGCGGGACGCUUUCCCCAUGCUUUGGACCCCGCCAGAAGACUACAAGAUGAAAUGAACGUCAAAAUGCAGUUUCCCGGAUCUUGUGUAUUAGUUUGUCCAGGAGUUUGGGACAUGGAAAUGUUUUUUUUUUUUAUAUAUAUAUUGUUAAUGUGAAAUAAAUUAUGUCUCAAAAUGAUAAAAAUAAACAGUUCAUUUGUCAA